AUGAAUUGGUGUCAGUUUCGUUUUACAAUAAUUGAAGAAUUAGCUUUAGAAGGUCUCGAAGGUUGUACAUUUGCUCAUUUAUGGUCACUGAUUAACUCUUCACUCCCCUAUUCAAUAAAUCAAGAUGAACAAAUUCAAUUCAAAUCGUAUAUUUGGAAAGUACUAACAUCAUGUCCUUGCGUUGAAUUUUACGAAUUAAAUUCAUCAACAACAACCGAUGAUGAAACGUCAACAAUAAUUAUUGAAGAAGAUGGUGGAAAAUGUCGUGGCUUUUCUCCAUCGUAUUAUCGACGUACAAAUAUCACCGAUUCAAUUCGUUUAAAUUGUUUAACAUAUAAACAAGUUGAAGACAGAUUAGAUAAUAUUCAACUUGUUAUUGAACAGAGUGUGAGAGAAUUAAGAAUAACACAAGGAAAACAUGAUGUAAAAAAUCUAUUAUCAAAAAACGAAUAUGCACUAUUAGAAUGUAUUUGUAAAGCAAGAAAAGCGGGUGUGCCUACAUCAGGCAAUAAUGGUUUAUCAAAAUUAUUCGGUAUAAAUAGUAAAUCAUUAUUUUAUUUUGUUAAACAAUUACUUGCAUUAACUUUAAUUAAAAAACUGAAUAUGAUUCGUCAUCCAGGCUCAACUCUUAAACAACCGGUUCUAAUCAUGACACGUUAUUUAUCAAUAGUUGAUAUUAAAAAUGCAGAAUCAUCAAUUUAUGAUAAAGUGAAAUUGUAUUUACAAGAACAAGUGGGAACAUCAUGUGAAAGAAAUCAAUUGAAAGCAUAUUUAAAUUUAGGUGAAAAAUCCUUUCGUGCAUUAAUGUUAAGAUGUAAACGUUUUAAAAUUGUUGAAAAAUAUAAACAAUCAAAACAGAUAGCACAAAAUUCAAGGAUGAAAUCUUUUACAUACUUUCGUAUUAGAGAUCCGGCGAAUGCAAGAGAUGGUGAGAAUGAAGAUAAUGAUUCAUCAGAUGGCGUUGAAGAGCUUGACGAGACUGUGGAAGAGGAAAAGAUCGAAGAAGAAUUAGUACAAGACGAUGAAGAUGAUUAUCCCGUAUCCGAUACAUCUAAACAACUUUUUCAAGAUCCAAACAUACAGUUGAGAUUAUACGUUGAUCGUCCUAUUCAUUUUCAACUUUAUGAAUUAUUAGAAGCGGUUAAAGAUGUUGGUUUGUCACAACGAGAUAUAGCUACAAUUUGUCAUCUACCAUUUUAUCUAGCACGUUCUGAAAUUAAAGCUUUAUCUAAGAAUACUCAACAUUUGGCAAUUAAAGCAGUACAAAUAAAUGAAAAAGGAAAAACGAUGGAAAAUCGAGUUGUCAUGAAAAACUAUAUGCGAAUGGCGCCAUCAGUGACAACUACGACAAAUACUUCUUUUAUAAAGCCAACAACACCCAAAAAAGAGCCUCUUUCACGUGUUAGUACAUCGAAAAAAUCUUCAUCAUCAUCAUCAUCAUCAAAGAAAAACAGUAAUAAACGAAAACAGACGGAAGAGUCUACAAUCAAAACGACACCUACAAAGUCGAAAAAAAUAAAUGUUACAAAUCAAAAUUCUUCAUUACAAUCAGUAUCAUCUUCAAUAGCAUUGAAUCAAAAUGACUCACCAUCUAUAUCUUCAUCAAAUACAAGUUCCACAACAACAAUCAAAUCUGAACCGAAAUUGCCUCGAGUAAAACCAUCAAUAAAAACCGUUUCUUCAACAACUUCAUCACGAAUAACUGUUGAACCAUCUUCUAAAGGAAAAAAAUCAAAAUCUCGUCCAAAAGUAUUGGUUAAAAAAAUUGAUUUAAAACGUGAAAAACGUUUAGAAUGGAUACGUACAUACGUUCGUGAACAUCGUAUUUGCACUAUUAUUGAACUAAGACAUGAUAUGUUACUUUCAGAAAUUGAACAAGGUCUAACAACAUCCAUGGAUCGAAAAACAUUAUACAAACUAAUCGAUGAGCUAGAAUUUAGUGAUAAUCAAAAAUGUUUAUAUCGUUUUCCAUCAGAAUUAAAACAAUCUCGAACGGUUGUUUGUAUUGCUACUACAGAAUUAAUGUUAGAUAGUCCUGAAGUAAAACAAUUUAAAUCAGAAUUACUUCAGGAAACAAUUGAAAAUCCAACAAAAAAUUCUACAUCAACGUCAAUUAAAGAAGAUCAAGAUGAAAAUGAAAGUGUUCAAUCAUUUGAAACUUUAGAACAUCCAAAUGGAGCGGAUGAACGAGAAAAAUUAGCUCAAAUUAAAUCACAAAAAUUAGAAUAUAUUAAUUGUCAAGGAAAUUGUUAUGGUUAUGUUUAUAAAUUUCAACGGUGUGCAAUUUUACAUAAAUUUCUAUUCUAUCUUCUUUAUGCAUACGAAGGAAAUGCUACACAAACAACAAAUGACACUGAUGAUUCAUUCAGAUGUAAUCCAUUAUUAGAUGUUCAACAGUGCUCAUCCGAUCCAGAAAUUCAACUGUUACUUUCUCGCAUUCCUUAUAGUCGUUUUUAUCAUUCUAUGGGUAGUAAUGAUUCAAUCACCUGGAAAACAUUUGUACCACCUAUAUCUACACGGAAAGGACAUGGUGAAAUUCCACGUGGUUGUUUCUAUGUAGAUGAUUUACUUAUGUGUAUGCCCGUUUCAAUAUUUUUAUCAAUUAUUCAUGUACCAUAUAAAGUUCCAGGUUUAAUGGAAUUAUUAUCACAUUCAAGCAAACGUCAUAUUCUUAUCAAAGAUUUACCAAUUGAAAUGAAAUAUCCAUUAAUAGUUAAACGAUGCUAUUUGACACGUUUAGGAGAAAUAUUAAAAUAUUUAUCAACAUUUGGUCUUAUAACAUAUGUAGGACGAACACAAGCACAAAAUCGACAUGAAAAAUUAAAUUCAUUAUGUUAUUUUCAUCCAACAGCAUGUUUAACUAAUACAAUUAAUCAACAAACAAAUCUUAAUGGACCAUUUGAGGAUAUUGAUAAUUUGUAUCCAAAACAAAUCUAUUAUUUUAAUUCAUUUUCAAAUGUUAAUCGUUUUUGGUUUGAUUUGAUUGAGAUCGCAUUGAAUACGUAUCAUGUAAAAAUUCACACACGUAAACAAUCACGAUCACAUUUAAUUGAACUAAUGAAACUUGCUGCUCAACCAAUCAUUUACACCGAUAUAACAGAAUUAAAGUCACCAUUAGGCUCUUGUAAUGGUCCAUGUGGUUAUGAUUAUGAUUUGUAUUUAUUUUUGAGAAAAUCAUGGAAAUUACCAUAUAGUAAUAAAAGAACGCUAAUGAAUAAAGUAGUAGGACAACAAUGUUUUGUACCUGUUUGUGAAUUACGUGUACCGGUUGAUGUUGCACUAAAACGAUCAUACACAACGCAAAAGACGCAAAAAAGAAAACCAAAACAACAACAAUUAAAUGGUCAACUCGAUAGUGAUGAUGACGAUGAAAAAGAAUUAACAAAACGUAGAAAAAAAAUCAAAUUAUCAAAUGGAGGUGAAACUGAAAUUGACGAUAAACUUCCAGUCGAAUAUUAUGGUUAUUUAUGUCGGUAUAUAAUCCCUCAUAAUCUAUUAGCACAACUAAAACUAUUAAAAAAACGAAAAAAAUUAUUAUUGGAUCAACAACGAAUGAAAACAAAACAGAUAUUGAAUAGAUACAAAAUAAUUAUACGAACAAAUUUGGGUAUGAUGGAACAAGAUGAAAAGAGUGGAGAGGCAACAGUCACGACAAAGAAAAAUAAACGAAAAGGAGUAAAAUCGUACGAUGACGAUGAGGAUUAUAUCGAUGAAAACGAGGAAGAACAUCAUCAGACUUUGUUGCGUGUUCGUUGGAGUCCAAUAGAAGAACGUGUUAUUUGUAUCAUUAAUACAGCUCUUCGAUUUUAUAAUCCGAAAAGAUCAACAACAACAUCAGUAACAGCAGCCAUUUCAUCAAAGGCACCACCUAAAUUUGAUACUUCAAAUACAUCUGUGGAUUGGAUAUUAACUGAACAUGAAAACGGUUCAAACAAUACUUCAUCAGUCAAUCGUCGUUCACCAACAUUUUUACCCUUUAGUAAAGAACUUCUUUAUUCAUGUUUAAUUCGUUGUUUACCAGGCUCAGCACGAUCAAAAACGACUGUUAAUUGUCUUCGAAAAAUAAGAAAUUCUGAUUUAAGUCAACACCAAUUAAUAGAAACUUUAACUCUUCUAUGUUUAACGGAUAAAUAUUUACAAUUUUAUCGUCAACAACAUAUGCCUAUGAAACGUCGAUAUCCUGUAGAACGUCGCGUAACACAAAUGAUUGAACAAUAUUUUUUAUGUUUAUUUGAACAAAUUUAUUUAAAAUUUAAAUAUUUUAUAAAAACUGGUUUCAUUGAUUGUAUACCACAGGGUACAAUUGAACGUUUACCACAAACAAAAAAAGAAUUAUUUGAAAAAUAUACAUGCAUUGGUAGACGACAACAACAAUCAACAAAUGAUCAAAUUAUGAAAGACUAUAGUUCGACAACAAAUCGUUCAAUAUUAGAAUCAACUAUUUGUAUGGCUAUUCAUAGUUCACUAUUGAGUAGUAGUGAUCGUACAUCGAACAGUACAAUAUUAAAAUCAUUUUUAUUUCAUAAUAUAUUUUCACAAUAUCCUGAAAGUUUAUUAAAUGAAGUUGUUCAUCGAUUAAUGUAUCGUGAUGCUUGUAUAACAUUAACAAAAUCACAUGAUAUUCAACGAAAAAUAUCAAAUGAAAUGUCAACAUUUCUUGCUGGACGAGCUUAUCAUAUUAAUCAACGUUAUAUUUAUCGAUGGUAUACGUAUAUACCACCAAAUGUUUUACAUGAAUCACAUGAUUGGCUAUUUCAAAAAUUAAUACAUUUAGAUCAAGAAAAAGAAAAUGAAGAAAUUUUAAUUGAUGCCGAUGUACAAAAUUGUGUGGCGAUUGUUUCAAGUUUUGUUAAUUUAUUUGAUAGUCAAUAUUUUCAAUUAUAUGUUCAAUUACCACCCUCAUUUGCGAAUGAUGACGAAGAAAAUGAUCCAUCUGCAACUGAAGAAGCAGAAGAUGAUAAAAAAGAAAUGUUAGAUUUAAGACGAAAAUUGAGACGUAAUGUUAAAUUAAAUAAAUUAGAUUUUGAUGAUGGUGGUACUAAAACAGAAGAUGACAGUGAUGAAGAUGAAGAAGAUUAUUUUGAUGAAAAUGAAACAGAAGUGAGUGAAUCAUUUGAAAAAGUACUGGCAAGUGCACGAAUGAUUGAUCAAAAUCGAUAUGAAGCAACACCUAUAACAACACAAAAACAACAAGCAUCAGCAUCGAUUCUAAAGCGAUCCUAUUCAAUGCUAGAAGAUGAAGAUGUGAGUGAUGAACAACAAAAUACAACUAUAAAAAAAAAUAAAACGACAACUAAUGAUAAUGAUGUUAUUGAUACAUUAUCCUCUCAUUCAAAAACAAGUACACAAUUACAAUUACCACCUAAUUUUUCUUGCCAAAUAUGUCAAAAAUCAUUUACAUCUCAUUUUUCUCUUAAUCGUCAUUUGACACGUCAACAUUUACAACAUGAAAUAAAAGCAAGCUCAACAACAAAUUCUUUACGUCCAUGUUCAACAAUUAUCAAUAAUAUUUCUCGUAAAAUUCGUCCUCAUUCUCAAGAUACUCUUUCAACGUUAAGUUGUUGUCAAAUUAAAAUGAAAUUAAAUGAAGAUUUUAUUCGUGAACAAAAACAACGAUUUAAUCUAAUAUCAUCUCAAAUAUCUGAUAUACAAAUAUUAUUAAAUAAUAAUCUUUUAUAUUCAGCCAUCUAUGAACAUCAAGAAUUAGAACAAUUACAUCGACAAUAUAAACAAGAAGUAGAACAAACAAGUCAAGUUGAAAUAGCUAUAACAAAUACACAAGAAUCAGGUAAAUUUUCAAAAAUAAAUCCAGCUAGAAAAAUUUCAUAUUCAUGUUUGUUUCUUCACGUAUAAGAGUUCGUUCGUUAAACGAUCGUCAUUUUAUUUAACUUUUAAUACCAUAAAGUGUUUCUAAAAUUGUAUACAGAAAAAUACAAAUGAGCACAAUCUAAGAGCACCAGAGAUAGAAAGAGUCAUGUAUGGUGCACGAAGCACUAGUCGAUGCUAAUGAGGACAUAGAUGUUACAGACAGGUUUUGUGAUCACUGAUAGUCUGUAAACUGUGCUCGUAUUGCCUAUGACAUAUCAUUGAGAAUGUGUCAGAUGUGAAGCAAAAUUCCAGAUCGUUUCACAGUGGGCAAUCACAACGACAUUAGGUGAAAAAGGAAAGUGAGUUUUUACAAGAUUUAAGUGAUGUCAUAUAAACGAUGACUAACGCUCGAUGUAAUGAUGAAUGAAUUUUCGUUCUACCUAUUAAGGUUGUUGAGAUAGCCUAUUUUCAAAGAUUCGUCAGGUUUCAGCGCCAUCUGGAAAAAAGAGCAUGUAGCACAGAAAGGGAAAAAAAUGUGCACAUGAAUUUUGCAUAUUCGGAAAGAGGAGCUCUUGCUCUAUCGAUGCGUAAAAUUUUUUGUAUUUCUAGUGUUUUCUGUCGGAAAUAUCCAACUUUUUAUCUACGCUAAGUGUUUUCCGAAGCAUUCUUUUCAGUAAAAUGAGUUUCCUAAAUUUUCCUUAUGUUCAAUUUUAUUGAAACUUUCACAGAAUGUUGACUUCUAUAUGACACGUCUAUAGAGUUAGCAUAAAGGUGCAUAAAUGCUCCUGGCGUGAGUUAAGGUUUUCCAAAAAACCUUGUUUUUUGACGUAAAAUCCGCUUUGUUCAGACCAGACACAGUUUUAUUUGAAAAAUAAUUGCCUGUGUAAUGAGACGGUUGCAGCGUAUCGACACAGCAGUUUUGACUAGGCACGUGAACAUGUGCUAGAAAAGUGGUACGAAAGUCUCUAAACACCCUUUUUAUAGGUUUUCGUAUACGCUCUUUCCAGAGGAAUGAUUUUCAAACUUUCAAAGUAUGGUUGUA